CUCAACUCAGUUUAGUCAGUACUUUCCUUCAUCGGCGCAUCAGAGCGUGGGAAUAAGAGUGGAUUUUGGACGUGGAGGAGGUAAUAAAUUUGUCAGAAAAGAUGUCAUCUUACGAUAUAAUUUUAAGUGAAGACACUGUGCGAAUGGUGCUCCAGUACAAAACCGACUUACAAACCAACACGAAAGAAGCAGGCAAUUAUUUGAAAAGUCAACUAAGCUCAUUACCAAACAAAGAACUUUCUUUGGGUGAAGAAACGAGUGGACGGUUUUUGCAAAUGUUGAUGUCAACAAAGGAAUACAGAUGCAAUUCAGACACCAGUGUCCGAGGAGACGGCUCCGACUGGAACGAGACAGAGUUCAAAAUUCUCGGUGAAAUAUCUAUUGCGAUGAAGGUUCAAGUUUUCGACAACGGGGUGUGGAAAAUCAACGACAACGCAUUUAAAGUACACGACCCACCAAUGACAGCCCACCUUCUAUAUACCCAGGGCCCUCUCUUGAUCGGCAAACGGUUCGAAGGGACGACUCCUGAUUUUGAAGCGAUCUCUAAAGAUGGCAAAAUAAAUCAAGAAAAUUACAAUGACCUAAUGAAAAAAAGGUUACUCCCGAUUUUCAUUUACGCGGAGGAAACGGCAAAAAAGGAGAAUAAAAAGGCGUUAAUCGUAAUACCAGGUUUGGGCUGUGGAGUUUAUGCCAAAGAAUACAAAGGACAAAUGGGAGAGUACUUGCAAAAUGCUUUACGAUCCGUUAUCAAAGAUCUUCCUCCUUGCGAACAUAUUGCUUGUGUCAGAUACGAUCCAUACAACGAAUGUGAAGAUUGCGAAGAGAUCAUCAACUCUGUGACGUUUCGCUUGAGGAAAUACACCGGAUCCCAAGGAAGGCCACAGCUGUCUCGAGUUGAAGACUUUGAAGAGACGAAGGGUGAAUUUGAAAACUGUGUCUUAUACAAGGUUGUAGCUUGCGACCACGUUUCUUUUCCGGGAAACAACUAUUUCUUGGGUGUCCGUAAAUCAGAUGAUGGAGUAACAGCUGCUGCUACCAACACCAUGGAAGUUCUGACGGGAAAGAAAGGUCGGUACUCCCAGGGACACUACUUGGCACCCGAAGGGAACCGGAAGUGGCUCACUGUAGCCUUUCACAACGAGACUAAACUAGUCGUGGACGGAAACAUCAAGGUGGUUACAGAGAGUGGAAAAUUGAUGGAUCUGAGAUUGUUAAGUAAGUAUAUAUAUUGAAGACGGAAAAGGAAUUUAAUGUAUGUCUUUAACCUAUUUUUUCUAUUUGAUUUAAAUAAUUUUAUUUAUUUAAAUUACAUUAUCUUUACGUUUGUAACCAUUUUAUUGGUAACCCUACACUUAUGGGCAUAAUUAACAAGGGUAUAAAAAUUAUGGGCAUAAUUAACAAGGGUAUAAAAAUUAUGGGCAUAAUUAACAAGGGUAUAAAAAUUAAGAAAUAUUUUAUAAGUCCCCCAAUUCAUACAAAUUAAGAGGUUAGGUUACUGGUAAAAGUAUAACUGCAAGUUUAAUGCCAUGGAAAAAUUUACUUUACUAUGCAGGUUUUAAUAAAAAUGUAUCCUUAAUAAUUAGUUGAUAGUAUAUCAUACCAUUGUAAUCCCCAUAUUACAAAUAAAAUAGUGUUGGGAAAACACCUAAAGUAAAAUGUCAGUAUUUCUGGGUAGCAUCAAACCACAAAGUUUUAGAAGCCUCUAACACAUAAAAUCUGGCUAUAUAGGGCGGCCGCUUAGAAAGCGUCCUCCUCGUAGCAUUGGUGCGAGAGAGAGAUACCAAGCUGUGGGAUUGAGACAGACUAUGGCUCUUCCCCCACUCCGCUGCCUCCCCACCCCCAAUUUUUUAUAAAUAUUAACAGCAAUUAAAUUAUUCUUCAUAACUUGAUAAAAAUAGGUCCUGCAAAAAAUAUUGUAUAGCCUAAAUCGCAUCAAUAUUUGAGCAUCACAAAAUGUUAUUAUAUCAUUGUGUAAGCUACUUUGUUUUGUAGUUUUUACUA